AUGUGGAGUAGCAUCCCCGGCGCAAGCUCCUCCUCUUCCCCUUACUCGCCGCGUCCCAGCACCCCCCGCACCGGCGGCCCAUCAGGCUCGUAUUCCUCCUCUCCAACUCUGCCUUCGUCAAGCAGCCCAAAGCAAGUGAAGAGAGUCUCCAGCACACGCGACCCAAACCAACGCAAAAAGCAGGAUGGAUCCGGAUCAACACCCAAGAUCACCCUUCCCCUUGAUGUGUGGCGCGACACCUUCCUCGACGCCUUCCCUGCUCUACCAACCACGUCACAGGCGAUCGUGGACGACUGGUAUUCCUCUGGGAGCUGGGAAGGCCCAGUCUGCGAUUCGGCGUACCUGAACCCCUCAGAGAGUGAGGACGACGACGACAGCGCCGAGUUCGCCGUGGCGGCCAAGUCCAAGAGAGCCGAGGGCAAAGGCAAGUGCAACAAGGUGUCUCGGUCGAAGCCGGCCGGUCGCGGCGGAGGUUCCCUGUGGAAGCAUGUCACCACGCACUGCAAGAGUCUCGACGUCGAUGCUGUUCGCGCCGCCGAUUCCCGCAUUGUCCACGCCUUCCUCGGCUCGAUCUGCGCCCCACACGACGUGCUCCUGUGUGGCACACAGUUCUCAGAGUCUCUUUAUCCGCGCUGUGCAUGCCACUCCAAGGCCAAGAGCAGCGACUCGCUGAGGAAUGCGCUCGAGUCUGUUGGUCUCCCCGAUGUCAAUGUCCAUGAGCUCGACCGCGUCAUCUUCAUUUCUGAGAUGCACAAUCGUUGGUUUGUCGUGUUCGUCACCUCCCAGUGGGUGGUAGUGUACGACCCCGCUGGAUUCUACCGCCUCGAACCGGACACUGUCUCGCAGUUUGCCGACUACGUGGUUGAUGCUUUCCUCGCCGACACAAGCAAGUGGCCUGACCUUGAAGUCGUUCGGACCACUCUUGAGACUCGUAUUAUCUCGCCUGACAACCCGAUCGACCCCAUGAGAUCAGUCGUCCUUGUCUGUGGUGCGAUCGAGCUCAUGGUCGCCCUGCCGACACUGGACGAGCUUCACUACCCUGGACUCGAGGUGUCUCUCUGGUUCCUCUCGGAGAGCAUCCACAAGGACCUUACCCACGAACACUACCGCCGGUUCCUCGCUCUUGCCUUCAAGGACGUCGAGGACGAGGGGAUGAAGGACGAUAACCUAACGACGGCGAACCCACGGGGCAAUGGUUUCAAGCGCCGCCCGCGCAUCGACGCACCCAAAGUGCCGUUCAAGGCGAAGCGGCGCAUCAAGCGCAAGAAGCAGUUCGUCCCGGCGGCGAGCUCGGUUGCCAAGCACGAUGUGUCGCCUGAGCUGGCGGCGGCGCUUAGGACAGCCAACAACAAGUCCAUGACGGGGAGCAAGCUUGGCAAGGCCAUCCUGGACCGCGUCGUCUGGACGUGCAACGCAGGCCACCUUCCCACCGACGAGGGAUGCGCCUGCGAUUUUGCUGAGUACUGCGACGAUCUGUUUUCCGAUCUCGGUCUUGACCGCUCCCUCCUGGCGAGCCUGGGCGUUAAUAGCCACCGGAGCGUCAGCAACUAA